UUAAAGCUGCCGGGAGAAAAAGGGAGGGGUAGGUGGGUGGAUGGAUGGAUGGAUGGAUGGACAAGUGUCUGCUGCUUUGGCGUAUAUUAUGCACGGUAAGCUGAAAGGCGCAACGGUAUGUUGCAUCGCGCAAAGACCGAUGAGAGGCGACGCGCCCGCACCGCGCAGCAGUUUCAUGGAGCCAUGUGAGAGAUCUGCGCAUCUUCGGGGAUCUGUCAUGGCGCAAAAACUUCUGCUGCCCAUCGCUGUAGCAGCGAGCCUCAUUCCACCUGAGCUGUGUGGUUCAACAGCAAACACGAAAAAAGCUCAAGUGAAAAACAACUCAGGCGUGACCCCUGCUGGACAGUGUGGAACAUGGGUGAAGGAGCCCAGUGGAGGGUGCUUCACCUCUCCAAACUACCCUGAGAAAUACCCACCUGAGAGGGAAUGCAUCUACAUCAUAGAAGCCUCGCCUCGACAGUGCAUCGACCUGUUCUUCGACGAUAAAUACUCCAUCGAGCCGUCCUGGGAGUGUCGGUUUGACCACAUUGAAAUCCGCGACGGGCCCUUCGGGUUCUCUCCGAUCAUUGGCCGCUACUGCGGCCAGGAGAGUCCUGCCUACGUCCGCUCUAGCGGGCGGUACCUUUACAUCAAGUUCGUGGCCGACGGCGAACUGGAGGCCAUCGGGUUUUCAGCCCGCUAUAACUUCACGCAAGAUCCCGAGUUUGAUGAAAUUGGAGAAUUGCCAGCUCUGCCAGCUUGUGAUUUUGAGCUGAGCGGUCCAGAGGGCUUCGUGGAAUCCACACAGAUAGGCAAAGAGGAAAAGGCGCAGCUGACUGAAGCAGUGGACUGCAGGUGGUACAUCAGAGCUCCACCAAGAGCAAAGAUCUACAUGCGUUUCUUAGAGUACGAAAUGCACAACUCAAACGAGUGCAAGCGCAACUUCGUCGCCAUCUACGACGGGAGCAGCGGAGUGGAACACCUGAAGAACAAGUUUUGCUCCACGGUGGCCAACGACGUCAUGUUGGUGACCUCUGUGGGCGUGGUGAGGCUCUGGGCAGACGAAGGCAGCAGGAAGAGCAGAUUCAAGAUCCUCUUUACCACUUUCCACGAACCUCCGUGUGAAGGAGACACCUUCUUCUGCCACAGCAACAUGUGCAUCAACAAUACCCUCGUCUGCAACGGCGUGCAGAACUGCGUUUACCCGUGGGACGAGAAUCGCUGCAAGGAGAAGAGAAAGGCCAGCAUCCUGGACACGCUGGACAACACCAACCUCACAAUAAUCGGAAUCACGUGCGGCCUGGUCGUCAUCCUGCUCAUCAUUUCCGUCAUCAUUCAAAUCAAGCAACCUCGCAAGAAAUACGUCAUCCGCAGAGACGACUUUGACCCGGCCCUGCUCCACCCGGGUUUUGAGCCGCCCCACUACGAGCUCUGUACCCUGCGCCGCGCCCCUUCCGGCGACCUCGCCGACGCCGCCCUGGCAGACGACUUCGACAAGUUCCACAAGCUCAGGCGCGCGGAGAGCAAGUGCAUCCGCGACCACCACUGCGGCUCGCACCAGGGAAGCAUCCACGGCAGCAUCCACGGCAGCCGCAGCAACCUCAGCCUGAGGGACGCCACCAUCGCGCCCGACGGAGGGGCCGCCGUACCCCCGAUGUCGCCGAGGCUGGCGAAGCAGAUGUCUCCGCACCUCUCUCACCACAACAUGCCGGCGGGUCGGAGGAGCAUCCUGGUGAUGAAGCACAGCUACUCGCAGGACGGGGCGGAGGCGUACAGGGCGGAGGAUGAGGAGGACGACUUGAUGAUGGACGUCGGCCCCACCACCAGCCAGCACCGCAUGCACCACCACCACCACAUCCACCACAGCACCUCAGGGCUGGACCGCACGCUGUCUAAUGACUUCUGAUUUGGUGGAAGUUAGAAAAUCGGGCCGUCUGUAAUCGGUUGGCAUUGAAAUCGGUGAGAGAUGUUCGCAGGAGAAAGUAGUUUGGGACUUAUUGCCCCUUUUACUUCUGAAAAUCCUCGAGUUCUUGAGUGUGUCUUCCUAAAGUCCAUGUUUGACAUUCAGCAAACAGAAAGAGCAUUUAGAGAUCGUUUUAAUGCAUGUUCCCUCAAGCCAAAGAAUUAAGUUUGGUAUUAAAUACCAUGCUGCUUGUGGCACAAAGGGAAGAAAGUAAAGUGCAACAAAGUUGGGUCAGAAGUUCUACUGGAUCCAAAUUCCCUUUUUUUGUUCCUUUAUUUCUGCCCUGUUUAUCUAAUGGAUAGGUAUAUACUGCCCUAUUUAUUAUUUUAUGAAGAAAUGAAUGAAUUCAAAUUUUUCUGCCACCAAAGCAAAAACAAAUGUUUUAUUGAGUACUAGAUACUGUACCGUGUCUGUUUUCACCCAACUGUUAAUUCAUUUGAUUAAAUGUUUUUUUUUCUUUUUUUUCCCCUGACAGCUAGCAUGGCAUUGUUCUUUUAAUUUCAUGCUCCUUUUAAUUGUGAAAGUAUGUUUUAUGUGCUUGAAUUUCUACCACUUAAACAUUCCCACAUUUUGAUACAACAAUAAAUGUAUUUCAAUGGGAUUCAAUGCGAUGAACGGAAAUUAGUGCUAAAUCAGUGGAAGGAAAAUGAUAUAUUUCACUUCAAAUAUUUUAACAAAAAUAAAUAUAUAUAUAUG